UAACCCUUUACGCUACAUUGCGAAUACUUUUCUAUAGCACGAUACAAAGACUCGCAUAUAUACACGUUUUAUUCCUAAUUUAUAUCUACGACCUUAUUUAUAACAUACCUCCUGCUGAUAAUCUUUAUCUUUAUGUACUUGGCCAGAGACGUUGAAAAUUUCGAUGUCUAUCUCAUCUUGUAGUCGUCAGAGUGUUUGAAACUUAAGACUUUGCAAGAGGCACAUAAAUAAACGCGAUCCACGGUGACGAGGUGGUUAACUAGACUAUAGUGUUACCAACACGUCAAUCUCUCCAUCACCCACGGGGGCAUACAUAAACUUAUUGUCACGCAGGACUGACGACAUAUGGUUUAUAGGUCACUUGAACAAACAGUCACGUAUCAAACAUGGUGUUCACAACGUUGACUUUCUUGGCGUCAGCUUUGAUGAUUGUAUAUUUGUUAUUUAAAAGCUGGACGAACAAGGCUUCAAAACCGCUACCCCCGGGACCACGAGGGGUAGCUGCGUUGCUCACCUUUCUGAAAGCAGCAAGGAAUACCACUGUGCACUUCUAUUCCGAAACGUGGGCCAAACAGUACGGAGAUAUAGUUUCAAUCACUCUCUUCAAUCGGACGUUGUGUUUUGUCAAUGAAGUCAAAUUGGCAAAGCAACUUCUAUGUGACAAUGGGUAUAAAGCUUAUACUAACGACAGGCCGAAAUCCUUUGUAUCUAGUUUCAUUUUCAAAGGACGUAGCCUGGCAUUUAGCCCGGCCGGGAUGCAUCACACGACGAUGAGAAAGACCUUCCACAACUCUCUGAGGCUUUAUGGGGAUGGAAUUCAAGCCUUUGAAGAUACCAUUAUGGAUGAACUUCAGAACCUCGUUGUGGAGAUGAACUCUCAGCCGGAAUUUCAAUUAGAGGAAGUUAUUGGCACUUCCCUAUUGAAUGUUAUCUAUAUUUUGCUGACAGACAAAAGGCCGAAUGAUGGCGGAAACACGGUGAGAGCUAUGAUAGCAAACAAUGACAUCAUUAACGAGAUGGCCUCUCUUGAAAUCGACCAAUCACUGACCUCGAUGCCGUUUCUACGUCAUGUGCCGGGGCCAUUUAAAACUACCUGUGAUAGGGCGCACUCUCGAACAGAGCACUUGUUGCAUGUUGUGUUCGAUGCUAUGAAGGAAUCUUAUAUACCUGGACGGUCUAAAGGGCUGAUCCAUGCUGCCAUGGAAUCCAAUAUGGCGGAUGAAGACAUCCGGUUGCUGAUUCUUGAGAUUAUCGCUGCUGGAUAUCUGUCAACUAAAGGAUCGUUGAUUGGAAUCAUAUUGGCGUUCAUAGAGCAACCGGAAAUGCAAGAAAAGCUUUACGACCAGAUCAAGGUCACUGUCGGCGACAGACGUGUCAAGGUCGAGGACAAAGUUCACCUUCCCUAUGUUGAUGCCGUGAUUCUCGAGUCUAUUCGAUAUUUGUCUCAUGGUACCCACGGAGUUCCACACAUGGCUACAAAGGAAUUGGAAGUGAACGGUUACAGGAUCCCAAAUCAGGCGAUAAUUCUGAUCAAUCUUUGGUAUUUAAACCACAACGAGAGUCUCUGGCAUGAUCCAUGGGUGUUUAGACCAGAGCGUUUCCUUGACGACCAGGGCCAACUGCUAGCACCGGAACAUCCGAUCAGAAAACAGUUCCUGGCCUUUGGGAUAGGAAAGCGGCAAUGUCCAGGGGAAGUGUUCGCCAAAACGAGACUCUUCCUGUUUAUCACAACUCUUGUCCAGCAUUUCAAAAUUCUGCCACCAGAGGGCGGGAUGACGUCAUCUUCCGAUCCCCGAACAUGGUCUCCAGGAAUAAUUCUUCAGCCUUUGCCAACUGGAUGUAGAGUGGUUCGAAGGGAGACGUGCCCACUUCUGUGACAACCGACGAUAGAUAUUGUAUCAGCUACAGCUACAAUCCCCUAGGGAUUUUAUCGAGAAAAAUAAAUUGUCCCACAAACUUCUUGAAUAAAAUAAUAAUGCUUUCAGACUGGAAAAAUAAAUUGAAUGCGACGAAA